AUGCCUGCCAACCUGACCUUGGCAGAUUGUAGUCCCUCGUUGCUCGCUGCCGCUGCAGUGGUACUGCUUGUGGUCCUGCAGCUUGGGCGGACAUGGUGGCGUCUCCGUCAUAUUCCCGGGCCAUUCUUUGCAAAGUUCACGAACUUCCAGAGGGUUUACUGGGUGAAGACCAAACGCGCUCACCUAAUCCUUCAAGAAGCGCAUGAGAAAUAUGGCGAACUUGUGCGCAUUGGCCCAAACACGGUCUCCAUCCACAAUCCGGAACUCAUCCCCACGAUAUACACCGCGCGAACAGGAUUUCCCAAGUCAGAUUUCUACCCAACGCUUCAGGCCUACACUCCAAAUGGGGGUGCAUUGGAAGCCAUCUUCAACACCACAAGCGACGAGGUCCACAAGAAGCUCAAGACGCCUAUCGCGCCUCUGUUUACGCUUGCCAAUGUACCAUCCCUGGAACCUCGCGUCAACGAAGUCCUCGAAUGCAUACACGAGAAGCUGGAGGAGAAAUUCGUUGGCAACGACCAAGUGUUUAAUCUAGGCGAUUGGCUUCAGUUCUUCGCGUUCGAUGUCAUGGGGACUUUGACAUUUUCGAAGCGUUAUGGAUUCCUGGACACAGGCAAGGAUGUCGGAGGCAUGCUAGCUAGCAUUGUGUUUUUCAUGCGAACCUCUGCACCGUUUACGCAAAUGCCAAAGAUCGACUGGCUCCUCCGGAAGAACCGCGUGGGCGACGCCAUCCAACGCGCUUUGGGGCUCCAAGCAUCGAUGAGCAUUAUGGGGUUUGUAGCAAAAGCCAUUGCCGAGAAGAGGGAAGCGCUCGCCAACAAUGUCGAGAAGAGGGACGUGGAAAAUGACAAAUAUGCUCGUGGGUCGGACUUUCUCACAAGAUAUGUUGAGGUGUCGCAGCAAGACCCUUCGCUACCCCCGUCGGCUCCGGCUGCAUGGACGUUUUCCAAUGUCAUCGCUGGCUCUGAUUCGGUGGGGAGUCUCAUGCGCACGACCAUGUACAGCCUCCUGGUAUACCCUCACACGUUCGAGAAGCUCUUCAAAGAACUGAAGGAUGCCAAUGUCUCACGGCCAUACCCAACAUGGACUGAGAUCCGGAACCUGCCGUACCUGGACGCCUGCGUUCUGGAGGGAAUCCGCAUGCACCCGCCCUUCGCCCUUCCCUUCGAGCGCGUUGUACCAAAGGGCGGCAUCACAAUCGCAGGCCAACAUCUACCGGAGGGCACUGAUGUCGGCGGCAAUGCCUACGUCGUGAACCGGCACAAGGGCUGGUUCGGAGACGAUGCUGAAUUCUGGAGGCCGGAGCGAUGGCUCGAGAAGGACGAGGCUCACAAAAGAAAGUUGGAGGCCGGAAUUCUCACAUUCGGCGGUGGGCGGCGCAUCUGCAUCGGCAGGUAUGUGGGCAUUCUAGAAAUCAAGAAGAUCUUGGCAUUUCUCAUAGCCAACUAUGAUAUACAUGUCGUGGAUCCCCACAGGUUCCAGUAUGAGAACUCGUGGUUCUUCUUCCAGAAGGGUCUUUAUGCAAGGAUCGAAAAACGACCGGAGGUGGGGGAGUGA